CCCGCUGCGGCGCCUGACCCGGCCGUUCCCUGGCGGGUGGCGCCCCUGGAGAGGGCACGGACCACCUCGGGCCGAGGGCGCGGUUAGCUCUGCCGCGCAGUGUGACCCUGCCAGAGGAAACCGCUUUAGAAUAAUGCGCAGGUGCUCCAGGGACUCGCUAGUGCCCGGUGCCGGGCCAAGAGUUGGCAGCAGCAGCCUUUCUCCUACUUUGCUGCGCCUAGUGAGAACACCACCCUGUUCUUCUCAGAAUGGAGCCUAUGUACCAAGCAUCUGGGUGCAGUGGGCAUCAUCCUCUUCUAAGCCAGGGCAACCAGUAUCUGACUCUAGCGAGGGACAGAUCUACCUCACCAACAGCUGUGUGAAGAGGCUGCAAGAGAUUAUAGAAGGGUCUGAGUUUCUCAGGCUGCAGGUGGAGGGAGGUGGCUGCUCUGGAUUCCAAUACAAGUUUUCCUUGGACACAGUUAUCAAUCCUGAUGACAGGGUGUUUGAACAAGGUGGUGCUCGUGUUGUUGUGGACGUGGACAGCCUGGCCUUUGUGAAAGGUGCAAUGGUGGAUUUCAGCCAGGAGCUGAUCCGCAACUCAUUCCAGGUGGUGAGCAAUCCACAGGCCGAGCAGGGCUGCUCGUGUGGAACAUCCUUCUCUGUCAGACUCUGAGUGGACUCCUCCUCGGGUGUUGCUUGGGUGGACAUUGAGCCAGAGACAGUCCUCAGCAUCGUCUCCAAGGGUUUCUCAUUUUGCUAUUUCCUCAGCUUCCCCAAUCCUCCUCCUCAAUCUGCUACAGUUACUGCAAAUAUCCCCAUUUGCCUGUCUGAACUGAGUCUGCAGCCAAGACCUAUAGGGCUCUCCCUCCAAGGAUUUGAAAUAGGCUUUAAAUCCCACACAAAAGCAUCUUCUGUCCUCUAUGAAGCUCCAGGAACUGCUGAAUAUAAUGAGCCCCCCGAUCUCCCUGAACCACCCAGCACAUGGAACUGCCUUUCAGGAGCUGCCUGUACAUGUGUAUUUGACAUUGUUGAUUUUUAAAAAACAAACAAACUCAAUUUCCAUUGUUUGUUCAUAUUUUUCAUGCUUUUCAAAGUGUGGUUAGAAUGCAUCUCUAGGGAGAUAGCUAUUUCCCCCUUGCCCUUAAAUUGACUGUGGGACUCCUGCGGUGCCUGCCCUUUCCAGCUGGCUGUGGGUUUUCCCAGUUUGUUCUACUAAUCUCCUUAUUCUUGACGACCUACCUGCCUACAGGGAGCAGCCAGCAGCUGAGGGAAGACUGCUCUACCUGGUGCAUAUAGGUGAAGCAGAGAGGUGGAUGUAGGGGGGAAGAUUAAAGCUUUAGGGUUGGGGCUUAAAAAAAAAAAAAAAAAA